GUCAGUCCCACUUCUCUGCUAUGCUCUAAAAGACAGGUUGGCUCGGUCUUUCUGCCCUCGGUGAUUUACAGAAAGAAUUUUUCAACCCACUUGGCUGCAUUUGGCUCCCGUAUUAACUCCAUAAGGUAUACAAAUGCUCUCAGUUCAGCCAGACACCAAGCCGAAAGGUUGUGCUGGCUGCAACCGUAAGAUCAAAGACAGGUAUCUUCUAAAGGCCCUGGACAAGUACUGGCAUGAGGACUGCCUGAAGUGCGCCUGCUGUGACUGCCGGUUGGGAGAGGUGGGCUCGACCUUGUACACCAAAGCCAACCUUAUCCUGUGUCGCAGAGACUACCUGAGGUUAUUUGGCGUUACAGGAAACUGCGCAGCCUGCAGCAAACUCAUCCCUGCUUUUGAGAUGGUGAUGAGAGCCAAGGAAAAUGUUUACCACCUGGACUGCUUUGCAUGUCAACUUUGUAAUCAGAGAUUUUGUGUGGGAGACAAAUUUUUCCUAAAGAACAACAUGAUUCUCUGCCAGACAGACUAUGAGGAGGGUUUAAUGAAAGAAGGUUAUGCACCCCAGGUUCGCUGAUCCGAUUCCUCGUGGCAACGACUAUUGAAGCACUACUACUUUUUGUUUGUUUGUUUCCUUUUUUGCUCAACAUGUAUAAGAAACAAUGGCGGAACCUACUGAAUAGCGUAGAUAUAGGGAGGCAGGAUGGUCAAUGUGGAAUAAGAGGCGGACUGCAAAUGUAUGUCGUGGAAAUUGCACCAGUUCACAGUUGAAUGUUUAUUAAAAAGAUAAUGUACAUACUUCUGGAGUUCGGGGAAUCUUUUCCUUUUGGCUUGUUGUUUGGGGUUCUGUUUUGUUCCCCCCCCCUUUUUUUGUGUCAUUUGGCAUGAGAUGCUUAUUUUGGACUAAUGUAUAUAAUGUAUUGUAAUAUUUGAAGCACAAAUGUAAUACAGUUUUAUUGUGUUACCAUUUGUGUUUUCCGUUUGCUUAUUUGUAUUGUUGCAUUUAGUACAAUCGGUGUCUUAAACUUAUUGUAUAUUUAUGCUUUCUGUAUCUACCAGCUAUUUUGAAAGAGCUGUAUCUUUCUAGUAAAAAAGGAGAAAAAAAAAGAAUUCAAAGCCAAUCCCAUCCAUCAUUCUCUACUGAAGGAGCUUUCUCAGACGCUGUCGACAAUUAGACUCUUGGGUUUGAUCCAGAUGAAGUUAAGCAUCCCCAUCGAUGUCAACGAGAUACAUUUAAGAGCAUUGCUUAACUCCGCAAUGAAAACACAAAAUUUAAGCUUUGGUGCUUAACUUUGGAUUCUAAUUGUAGGCAGCAGCCAUUGCUGACCAACCUUCCGGGUUUCUCAGUAGACUUCCUGAAAGCUUCCACUCCCGACCUAGUUCAUCAGCAAGUUAUUUGUUUUACCAUGGAACUCGGGAUCCACGUGACCAGGUCAACUUCCAUUGAUCGGCAUUUUCGGCUUUAUGGAGCAGGCAUUGAUUUUGGGGCUAUUGUGUUGUGUAGACUCCUCCCUCUCCCGCUCCCCCCAAAUUGCUUGUUUCCACUAUAGCUGGGAAUGGGGAGCAGAGUCCCAAUGCAAAUCAGUGCCUUUGGGUGUCAUGUAAUAUAUUUAUAUGUAUAUUUCGGAAGUUAUUUUAAUGUAGGAUAGUGAUUUCUGCUCCUGUACAGAAAUAUUAUUUAAAAAAAAAUACAAGAGGAAAAAAAAUCAGUGUCUUGCCUAAACUUUUACGAGGUUUGGGUCCGGCAUACCUAAGAGAUUGCCUCCUUCCCUUCAGGUUCACAAAGUCUCUAUGGUUGCGCAAGAACGCCCUCUAGAGGCUACGAUCUGUGUGCCAAUUUUGGGGCUGACAGAGGUGCUUUCCCUAGGGGUUUCCCUAGCACUAUGGAAAUGGCUUCAUACUGGAGACUUACCCAAAGCCUCACAAGCUUUUAGAAAUAUUGUAUAGCCUUUUGAAAUAAUAAUAAUAAUUUGGCCUGGCAUUUUGAGGGAAGGGAAAUGAAGGCUCCCGCCCCCUUGAGAAGAAAUAGUGCAGAGGUUUUAGCAUCAUUUACACUGUAGAUGUUUCAAUCAAAAAAAAAAUUUAACUGGAUAUUGUAUUCUUUGUUUCUUAAUUUAUUGUUCUUAAUUCCAAGUUGUUGGGGGGGGGGCAGUUUUAAACUAAAUAAAAUCUAAGGAUUGGAUGGCAAUAUCUCAA